AUGGCCACCCAGAUGUUCGAGGGGAGAGGGCACGCGGCCGUCUACCAGAAAUACAGGUUUGCGCCGGGCAGGGAGCUGCAGCGAACCAUCCUCGCCUACCUGCAGGAAAAGGUGGGCAGGAUACGGCCGGGCUGUAGGGCAAAACACGGAUUUUUUUUGCCCUGCUGGGAGUGUUACCUUUCGGUAGAAGUCGGCUGCGGGUCAGGCCAAGGCACCCGCUUCCUCGCGGAGCACUUCCCCAAGGUGGUGGGAACGGACAUCAGCGAAGCACAGAUCCAGGAGGCCAGGGACGCCCCCUCCAUGCCCAACAUCUCCUACCUCGUGUGCCCUGCAGAGGAGCUGCCGUUCGGGGACGCCUCGGUGGACCUCCUGACCUCGUUCACGGCCGCGCACUGGUUCGACCUCGAGAAGUUCAUGAGGGAAGCGCAGCGGGUGGUGAAGCCGCGGGGCUGCGUGGCCAUCAGCACCUACACCGUGGACAUGAGCCUGCGCUACGGAAACUGCUCCGAAACGCUGACCCGAGUCUUCCGGGAGUCCUGGGACCUGCUGCUGAAAUACUCACAUGCCAGGAUAAAACUCGUCUUGGAAGACUACAAAGAGAUCUUCGAGGCCUUGCCGUUUCCAGACAAGAAGAGAGUCACGGAUAUCUUUGACAGCAUUCCCAUGACUGUUGCUGGUGUGGUUGGUUACUUGGAGUCUGUCUCUCCCUAUCAAGCCUUCAUGAAGAAUGACCCCGAAGCUGCAAAAUCCCUCCUCCAGGAGACAGAAAAGAGGAUGCUGGAGACGAUGGGAGUGUCUUCUCGUGAAACGCCGGUGGAGUUCUGGGUGAGGCACGUCUGCGUGCUGGGCUGCAAGGGACAGUGA